AGCCUCAGAGGAGCGACUCAAACUGAGAGCUGAAGUCAAAUCCGAAACAAACUCACUCCUCACGUCCCAGCGCGCUGUGGGAACAACCACGCUUCAACUUUUAUCAAAAAAUAAUCCGAUGUUUUAUCUUAUAUCUUCCUGAGCGACGGUCACUCAUCCCUGCGCUGUUCCUCAGUCAGAUAAAGAGCAAAGCUGGCAGUGACUGCUUUCCUGCAGAGGACUAACUAACCUGCACAGGUGUCAGCAGCUGCUGUUAAUGAUGCUUUUGUCCCGACAUCGAACUUGGAGGUAACCUUGCGUUGUCUGUGCUGCACCCCGGAGUGGAGAUGGUUUACAGGACCACAAAAUGGGGGACAUGUGUCUGGCUCCAGACUCUGCUGGCCUUUGCUUCAGCCAGCUGUCCCUCACUUGCCCCAAGCCCUGUCAACUUCUCUGUGGUUUACACCAUGCCCUUCUUCCAGGCCCGGGGCCCCAUCCAAAACAUAGUCAACAACUCGUUUUACCAGGAAGUGUAUGUUGCUUCUCAGAAUGUGAUUGAAGCUGUCAACAGAAGUUUGGAGAAGGUGUGGGAGCUCCGCACCGGGCCAGUGGGAAGCCCAGAUUGUCAGAUAUGUGAUUUGUGUGACAUUGACAAGGACCCUAACUUCAUGGAAGACACAAACAAUCAGGUGUUGCUGUUGGACACCCUCUUUAUGUAUUUAUACUCGUGUGGAAGUUCUCAGUAUGGUGUAUGCUACUUCCACCAACUUAGAGCAAAUGGAGAAUCGCCUUCUCUCUCUCAGUGUCUGUUCAGAAGGGAUUCUAACUCUGCCGCCUACUGUCCUGACUGUGUGGCGAGCCCUCUUGGUACCAAAGUCACCAUGGUAGAAGAGGGACAGACCGUCUACUUCUUUGUUGCCACCACUGUCAAUGACAGUGUGACCCAGCGUUAUGCAAGGAAGUCUCUAUCAGUGCGUCGACCGCUGGCCACAGAGGAUGGUUUCUACAGAGACGUGCGUGGCCUGACUGUGCUCCCAGGCUUGCGGAGGACAUACCAUAUUGAAUAUGUCUACAGCUUUUUCACUCAGGAGUUUGUCUACUUCCUUUCAGUUCAGAGAGAGAGCCCCGAUCAGGACUCCUCUCCGUUUCAGACUCGCUUGGGACGUCUCCCUCGGAAUGAAUGGGAGAUGAAGAGGUAUCGUGAGGUGAUCCUGGAGUGUCGGUUUGAACCAAAACGCAGGAGGAGGAAUGUAGCCAGCGAACCCUAUAAGGAUGUGGUGUACAACGUGGUCCAAGCGGCCCAUUUUGGCAAAGCUGGCAGGGAGCUGGCAGAAGAGUUAGGGGCCGAGGAGGAAGAUGACAUCCUCUAUGGGGUUUUUGCUGUUACUGAUGACAACGGGGUCACGGAGCAUGACUCGGCCCUGUGCGCUUUCCCAAUGGACAAUGUGAACAAAGCAAUCGUCGAUGGAGUGGAUGACUGCUGCGAGUCUGGACCAGAGCAGCUCUCCAGAGGGCUCUGCCACUUCCAGCCCUGUGAAAGCUGUCCACAUGAGAGCAUGGAGAACAACGCCACAUGCAGAGACCAUCCUACCAUGGUGUCAAAGCCCUACUACAGAGUGGACCUCUUCAACAGGCAGAUGACAGACGUCCUGCUCACAUCUCUGCUGGUCACGACCAUAGAGAACAAGACAGUAGCUCAUAUUGGCACCUCUACUGGACGCCUGCUGCAGCUUGUAUUGACAAGAUCCAGCCCUAUUAUCUUUGCCAACUACUCUUUGGUAGAGAACCAGAGGGUCUCGUCGAUUGCCGCUGUUUACUCAUCAGAGUAUCUUCUCUUUGUGGUUGGAGACAAGAUGAUCCAGGUGCCCCAGAGAGGGCCGGGCUGUCAACACUUCCUGACUUGUGCCAUGUGUCUGACAGCCCCAAAGUUCAUGGGCUGUGGCUGGUGCUCUGGAGUGUGCUCCUGGGAGAGCGAGUGUCACAGCCGAUGGAGGAACGAGUCCUGCCCACCAGGGAUCACUGGGUUCUUUCCACGGACUGCUCCUCCUGAUGGUCAAACAGAGCUAACGGUGUGCGGAUGGGAGUUCCAGUCCCCCUUAAGACCUGCUAUCACCUCCAGAACACACCAGGUCCGACUGGGACAAACUGCCUGCAUUGUGCUUCCGGUCAAAAGCAACAACACGCACCUGGUGUGUAAGAUUCGCUCUGGGGCUACUGAGCUGUCCAAACCAGUCAACAUCACAGUGGAGGUGCAUGAGGUCAAGGUGGAGGGUGGACGCUACUCUAUUGACGGGAAGGCAGAAAUGCCAGGAUUCACAUUUGUGAUUCCCAACAUCACAGAAAUUCAGCCCAACUAUGGGCCCCGUGUUGGGGGCACGCUCAUCACAGUGACUGGACCUCACCUGGAUGCUGGGAGGACCAGGAGAGUCACUCUCAAUGACAUGCCCUGCCCUAUAAAGAGAGUCACAAAGCCCAAAGGCAACGUAUCCUCCAUCAUUUGUCUGUCCCAGUCCAUCUCAGAGGUGAGGGACGUCCCUCUGAGCGUUUUCAUCGACAAGUCUCCUGUCCUCACCACAAAGGUGUUUUACUACAAAGAAAAUCCAAUGAUUACGGCUGUUCUGCCUGACUGUAGCUUUGACAGGGGGUCAAAGAUUGUCAUUGAUGGGGAGAACCUUGACUCGGUUUAUCGCACCAUCAUCCGCUUUAAACCCAAUGAGAGCCAUUUGAAACCUGUGACAAGGGAGUGCAUAGGCAAGUCUUUGCCCACGAGAAUGGAGUGUAUCACUCCUGUGUUCCCCAGGGAUGAGACAGAGGAAGGAGAGCUUUCCUUCGACAUGGACGGAGCGGUGGGACUCUGGAACAAAGAGUUCUCCUAUCACCCCUAUGGAGAGCCCAUACCUUUUGAAACGGAGGGGCACGUGCUGAAUUUGUACCCUGGGUUUGACGAAGUGUCACUACAUCAUCAAAAGCUGAAUCUGGUGAGCUCCUGUAUGACCAUCAUUAUGAUGGUGGCAGGCGUUGAUUGUGAUGCUAAAGUCCUGGAUAAUGAGAUCACCUGCCGAAUCCCAAAAAACAUGACCAUCCCCAGUGAGGGACUGCCAGUGAAGAUCUCCAUCAACGGGCAAGUCCACAACGUUGGUACGGUGGUGCGGGUCAGCAACCAUUAUAUGGUGGGCAUUGUUCUGGGGAUCCUGGCGGCUCUUGUGGCCGGAGCGGUGCUCGCCUUCGUUGUCAUGAAACACUUACGGAAGAAGAAGAAAGCCUCCAUGGUGGAGACCCGUUUGGCCCACAGCGCUAACCGCUCUGGUACAAAUAAUGUGGAGCUGUCACCAGUUGGGGACUACAGGAGAGUAGUAUCCCUGAGUCCCCCAACCCCUCUGGUAGGGCAGGUGGUGUUUCCCAGCCUGAGCUACGCUGCAGGCACCAUAGAUCCAACCCUCACCCCCCUCAUGCCUCCAGAGAAGAUCUCCAUCUCCAGUUUCAGGCCAGAGCUGCUAGAGGAGGUGAAGGAUGUUCUUAUUCCUGCUGAGAUGCUUAUUGUGCAGCACCACCGGAUCAUAGGGAAGGGUCAUUUUGGCACUGUCUAUCAUGGCUACUUCACAGACCACAACAACAGAGAAAUCCACUGUGCUGUCAAGUCUUUGAAUAGAAUAACAGAUGUGGAGGAGGUGGAGCAGUUUCUGAAGGAAGGUAUCAUAAUGAAGGGUUUCCACCACAGCAAUGUGCUGUCUCUGCUGGGUAUCCUCCUGCCGCAGGAAGGGCUCCCUCUGGUGGUGCUGCCGUACAUGAAACAUGGGGACCUGCGGCACUUUAUACGCUGCGAGAAGAGGAACCCCACUGUAAAGGAUCUGAUCGGCUUUGGGCUGCAGGUUGCCAAGGGGAUGGAAUAUUUGGCUCAAAAGAAGUUUGUGCACAGAGAUCUUGCAGCACGCAACUGCAUGCUAGAUGAGUCGUAUACAGUGAAGGUGGCAGACUUUGGCAUGGCCAGAGAUGUUUUUGAUAAGGAGUAUUACAGUGUUCAGGAUCACAGGAAAGCAAAGCUUCCUGUGAAAUGGAUGGCCAUCGAGAGUCUGCAGACACAGAAAUUCACCUCCAAGUCUGAUGUGUGGUCCUUUGGUGUGCUGAUGUGGGAGAUGCUAACCAGAGGAGGGAGCCCGUACCCUGAGGUGGACCCUUAUGACAUAACACAUUACUUACUGAAGGGCAGGAGGCUUCCCCAGCCUCAGUACUGCCCCGACCCUUUGUAUAGCAUUAUGCUCCAGUGCUGGGACCCUGAUCCAGAGUUGAGGCCCAGCUUUGCUACGUUGGUGUCGGCUGUCUCCACCAUCCUGUCUGGCCUUGAGGGAGAACACUACAUCAGCCUGAAUGUCACCUAUGUCAACCUGGACCAGCCGCGGCCCUACCCUGCCCUCACAGAGUCUGCUGAUGAAUGUGACUCCACAGAUGCUGAAGAUUCAGGCUCAGUGUCUUCCUGAUCCACGCUCCUCCUCCUCCCCCCUCAACUUUAAACUGGUAUUGGUGCUAACAGCAAGAGCACAAAAAACCUCGACCAGGUCACAACAGUGACUCUUACCACAGAGCAUCUAAAACAGAGAUACUUCCUGCUCUUUAUGUGCAUGAAAGUGGUAGCAAGAUGUUUUCAGCUGUAGAAGCACAAAGUUUGGUCUUUUAAACUCUGUUAUCUUAAAAGUAUUUCAAAGAAAUUUAGUUUUUCUUAUUUUUAAUUGCUAAAGAGGUCACUUAUAAUACAUUUAACAAGUUCUGUCAUACUAGCUUGUUGGCGGGACAAAAUAAAACAGGUCAACACUUGUAUCAAUUCAAAGCUAAUUUGUAAUAUUACACUGGUUUGCUAAAUCAGCCUGCCUGUUAGCAAGCUAGCUAACAAUGGUACAAAAAAAAAAUGUUCAUAUUUACUUCUCAAAUACCAAAGUAUUGUGCAAAGAAAAGGCACUGGCUCGGGCUAGAUAACCAAAUCUGACUCUGAACUAACGUGUUCCCACACAACGUGAGUCUUUCUCAGAUAUCUGUUUUAUUAUUUUCCUGCACAGCUGGUAUUAUUGAAUACAUUAUAAAUGUAAAGUAAGUUCUUCCAAGUCCAUAUCUUGGCUACAGUGUUGAGCAGAGGUGUGGAUUCAAGUCACAAAUUUGAUGGUUCUAGAUUCAACUUGCCAAAAUCAAAAAAUACUCACAACUUGACUUGUAUUUUAACAUGACUCGUGACUUCACUUUGAUUUUAGCCUUUAAACUUAAAAAUCCUUGAUACCUUCCCCCGGGCCCAUAGAUGAAUUACUGAGUGGAUCUAAAAGACACAAGCCCAGGGUCCAAAGUGCCAGGCGACCCUGUGGUCUUCAUUUGCAAAAUAUCACUCAAACCACAAAAAAAGUACAAAACAACUGCAAGGAGACACAAAACCACAACUGUGUCUUGCUUCCACGUUGGAGAGGUAGUGGAGCCCUCUGUAUAUCUUUGCCUAGGGGCCCAUUGUCCCAUUGUCAAAUCCAAGGACUAAGAUUAAAAAGUAUGUUAUUUAAAAAGUGUGCCACAAAUCAAUUCAUUUUCCUUCAUCCCUUGAAUCACCAAACAUUAAUGCUAUUAAUUCCCAGUAAGUCAACACUUAAUUCCCCAGGUCCACUUUGUUUUAACCAAUCUGGCAUCCAGUCAAGUUGCAGGAGAGAACCAUAAAGAACUAACUUUACAUCACUGAGCGUCAAAAAAUGAUACCAAUGAUAAUUUUGUUCGCACACAAAAACUAAAUGCAGUGGUCAACAAGAACAAAAGAAAAAAAAGAAGGAUAAGUUGCAGAGUGCAAAAGGUGCAAGUUGAAAAUUGCAGAUGGAAACCCAACAAAUUUGUUCUAACAAAUAAAUACACAUUUUCAUAAUUUUUAAAUUAUUUUUAUGAAUUUUAUAUAUUGUCACUCCGGCAAGGGCAUUAGAUUUGGUGGAGUGUGUUAUGACUUGUUUAGGCUUCCAAACCUAAAAUGACAGACUUGGGACUUGACUUGAAUGCAAAGACUUGAGACUAACUAAUGACUUGCAAAACAAUGACUUGGUCCCAUCUGUGGUAUUGAAGAAAAGAGUUACAAAAAGAGUAUCCAUUUAAUUCAGUGGCACUUAGCUUUCUUUCACUACCUAAAACAUAGUGUACUGUUACAGCAGCAGAGCCCAUGUGUGUAUUUAGGUAUGACAUUCCCACAUUUGCUUUUAGAUCUUUUGCAUUAUCGCGAUUGUUUUGUAUAUUUUGGACCAUUUUUCUGCAAGGCGCAAUGUUGACAACAAUUUUCUGAAAGACACAUCCUGUUGCUUGUAUUUCUGUCACAAUGUUUUUGAGAUAGUGUAAUAAAUUAAAAUAUUUAUUUGUUUA